AUGGCCUUCUCAUUUCCAAAACUCUCCAAGAUCUCCAUAUUGGUAAUUGCCCUCUACUUAUCGUUUUUGGAUGCUGUAUCUGCUGCACCAGUUGACAAUUCUGCUGAAACUAAGAAAAACAUCAUCUUCCUCGUUGGCGAUGGAUUGGGGCCAAGUGGUGUCAAUUUAGCUCGUGCUUAUAGACAAUACGUUGAUCAACUUCCAUACAAUGACUUGUUGGAAUUGGAUAAAUAUUACAUUGGCACCCAGGGCACAUCCUCAAACAGUUCCUUAAUUACUGAUUCAGCGGCCGCUGGUACCGCAUUGGCAACGGGUCAAAAGACUUAUAAUGGUGCCAUUUCGGUCGAUGUUGAUCAACAUGCUCUCGGUGCAGUGGGCGAGGCAUUGAAAUUGCAAGGCUAUACCACUGGGUUAGUUGUAACAACUACUGUUACAGAUGCUACUCCUGCAGUUUGGUAUUCUCAUGCCAUUUCGAGAUCAUCGCAAGACCUCUUGGCCGAACAAUUGGUUGGUGAGAUCCACCCAUUGGGAUUCGUGCCAUCUUUGAUUCUUGGUGGUGGCAGAGGCUGGUUUUAUGGUGUAAAUGAAGGUGGAUUGAGAAAAGAUAACAGAAGUUUGAUCGAGGAGGUGCAAAAUAACGGAACUUGGACAUAUAUUGGAGACCGUGCUGGUUUUGAUAAUUUGGACGAGGGAAAAAAUGUUACCUUGCCAUUAUUAGGAUUGUUUGAUGACGAAUCAUACCCAUACAGGAUUGAUAGAGAUGAUGAGCAGCAUCCCAAUUUGGUUGAGCAAACUAGAGUAGCUUUGAAUGCAUUAUCAAAUGCCACUAGGGAUUCAGAACAAGGUUUUUUCUUACUCAUUGAAUCCUCAAGAAUUGACCAUGCUGGCCAUGCCAAUGACUCUCCCGCACACGUUCAUGAGACUUUAGAGUACGACGAGACAAUUGCCGAGGUGUACAAGUUUGUUCAAAAUUCUGACGUUGAUACGAUAGUCAUCGCUACUGCGGACCAUGAGACCGGGGGAUUAACAUUAAAGAAUACCAAGGGAAGUGACUUUUCAGCCAUUGUUAAUGCCACUCAUUCAACUGAGUAUUUGGCAGAUUCGAUUGUUGAUUUUGAUAACUUUACAGAUACUGAUGCAUUACAAGAGUUUAUCAGAACCACAAUUAUCCAGGAUGGUUUGGGGUUGACAAACUUUACUGAAGAUGAAGUCAAUAGAAUUGCAGACUUGGUAAGAGAUGAUGGUGAGGUUGGCGAGAACACCGAUAGAGGUACUAUCUUGAGUGUAGCACUCUCCAAUUUAACUGCGUCAAGAGCCAAGACCAAUUGGGCUUCAACUGACCAUACAUGGGUCGAUGUUGGGUUAUAUGCAUUCUCAAAUGCACCUUAUUUGCAGCAAAAAGUUUUGAACACUAAAGACGGUUUAGCAGGAUUCCAUCAAAACACCGACUUCAGUGUAUUUAUAAAGGCAAUCACUGACAUUGACUUGAAAGAUACUACAGAAAAGAUUGCAGAUAUUCCAUUAAAGUAUUAA